CUUUUAUCAUCAUCUUCUUCUUCCUUAUUUGAUCUUCAUUUCAUCACUUGCGUUGGAAUUCCAGCAUGAGACUGAUUGUCCCCUUACAAGGCGUAGUUCAAGGAAGAGGAGGCUUAAUCUUCGGCUCGCUAAUCCCCUGUGCUCUCUUCUACUUUCUCCAGUUCUACAUCAAACGACACCGUUCCAUUCCAUCUUCAUCUGCUUCGAAUCUUCCGUCGCCGUCCGGCUCGUCCGCCGACGUGGUUGAACUACCACGGACAUCUUCGCGGCUCAACUUGUCGGGUCGCGGGUCAAUCGGGCGGACCCACAUCUCCUCCCGCGCUAGCUCAAUUGCAAAGCCCAACGAUUCUGCUUACUAUAUUGGAUUAGAGAGGUUCCAGGAGGAUCCGUAUGAUGAAAUUGAUAACCCGGACGGGAUUAUAAAUCUCGGAUUAACUGAGAAUAGGGUAUCGUAUUACUACUACCUACGCUCAUCGUCCAGUUCAUUCAUUUUCUGCUCAUUUUUAAGUUCUAGAAUUGAAAUUCAAUGGGUUUCUGCUAUUUUCCUUCUUUUACUGUUCAAAGUUAUCUCUGGAUUUGAUUGAGAAGUGGCUUUCGACCAACUUCUGCGAUUCUGCACUUGGAAGUAUUGGUUUGAAUAUUAGCGGAAUUUCUGCCUACCAGAGUACCAGCCGUUUGAUGGACUGCGGGAGCUGAAAGUGGCCAUGGCAGAUUUCAUGUCUGAGGCAAUGGGAAGAGCAGUUUCAUUUAACCCAUCGCAAAUAGUAUGAACCUCUGGUGCAACUCCUGCCAUUGAGAUGUUAUUCUUUUGCUUAGCUGAUCCGGGGAGUGCUUUCCUCGUUCCUAAACCCUAUUACCCUGGGUUUGAUAGGGAUGUCAGAUGGAGAACUGCUGUGGAACUUAUUCCUGUACAUUGUCGUAGUUCAGAUGACUUUACACUGAGCAUGGCUGCUCUUGACCAAGCAUUUAACAAUGCCAGAAAGCGGGGUCAAAAAGUCCGUGGAAUACUCCUUUCCAACCCUUCCAAUCCUGUUGGCAGCCUCAUGACUAGAGAAUCUCUAUACAAUCUAUUAGAUUUUGCCAGAGAGAAAAAUAUCCAUAUAAUCUCUGAUGAAAUAUUUGCUGGCUCUAAUUACGGUGACAAAGAGUUUAUAAGCAUGGCUGAAAUUCUAGAAGAAGAAGAAGAAGAAGAAGACUCCGACAGAGAGAGGGUUCAUAUCAUAUAUGGACUAUCUAAAGAUUUUAGCCUUCCGGUUUUCGGGUCGGCUUAAUAUAUUCCUUUAACGAGAAUGUUCUAGCUGCUUCUAGAAGGUUAGCUAGGUUUUCGUCAGUUUCUGUUCUAACACAGAGAUUACUAGUCUCAAUGCUGUCAGACACUGGAUUUAUCCAGGAUUACCUAAAGGAGAACAAAGAGAGGUUGCGAAGAAUGUAUAAAUUGUUUAUUGCACAGUUAAAUGAACUAGGUAUCGAACACAUGAAGAGCAACGCAGGUUUGCAUUGUUGGGUGAACAUGAGUACAUUAAUCAAUCCUUACAAUAAAAAGGGGGAAAUUGAGUUAUGGGAAAAGCUAUUAAGUGUGGCUAAGAUUAAUGUGACUCCUGGAUCUGCUUGCCAUUGCAUCGAACAUGGAUGGUUCAGGUUUUGCUUUACAACGUUACAAGAGAAGGAUGUUCCUUUAGUUGCAGAAAGGAUUAGGAGAGUAAUCGUAAGCUGUAGACCUCCAGCUUAAAUUAGUUUAGGUUUAUUUUUUAUUUUUUAAUUGAAAGUUAUAUUUUUUUGCCAGCUUUUAUAGUUUAUCAUUUAUUCCUGUAUUGAUGAUGUAGACAGGAUCAGGGGCGAAACUAGUAAGGGGCUUGGAGGU